AUAAUCGUAACAGUAUUAUCAAAUUAACGUUGAAAACACGUGAACGUACUACCGAACUGCUAGAGACCUCUACUGAAACCAAAAGUUUACGUCAGCAAAUUGCUGCACUGAAAAUCAGUCGAGACGAGGCCAUCGCGGAAAAUGGGAAAAGGAACGCGAGGAAAUGCUGGAACAUUAUCGUAGUCUUUCACAUGACGCCGUCGUAUUGGAGGGCAACAAUCAAAGUCUAGAAGUCGAAGCUGCCGAACAAAAACGCCAAAUUACUGAAUUAGAAGAUGAAAUAAAUGCGCUGAAGAAGGAAAUUUGCUGCCGCAAUAGACAUAUCGAACAAUUGGAGGAUAAGUUAGCUGCAGUAACUGCACAAAAUGCCAAACUUGAACGCCAACUCGAGGAAGCUCUCGAUGAGCAACGCUUACUGAAGGUUGAUUUGGCUGCACGUAAAGAGCUUUGCGACAAGCUGGACAUUGAAAAAGACAAGUUAAAUGCUGAGCUGACAGAGUUAAAUGAGAUAAAGCGCAAACUUGAACGUGACAAUGAAAAAUUGCGCAUGGACAUAGAGAAAACAAGCAGCGGCCAGAAGGUUUCCUCUGAAACGCUUGAGGAGUUGCUCAGUAAAACGCGGCGCGAUCUUGAAGAACAAAUUAAAGUCGAUAGUAAAUUGAGUCUAGAAUUGGUGCAUUUGCGGCAGCAAAAUGAUGAUUUGUUGCGCGAGCUUGACACCGAACGCGAACGUCGCCACCAGCAGGAAACACUGACGCACGAAUAUCAAAUACAAAAUCAGGAACUGCGUCACAAUCUCACCGACGAUCGCUUCCGUCAAGCGCGUUCACGUGAUCAGAGUCCACGAUAUCCUUCGCAGACGCUUUAAGAUUCCUUACAGCAAAGCAGCUAGCUUUGAAAUACAUACAUAGGCAUUUAAAUGCAUUUUGUUCCAGUUUUUACUUUUAAAUAAUUUUUAUAAAAUGGUCUUGCGUUUUUCUUUUUUCUUUUUAUAGCACAAAAAAUAAAGUGAACAAGCACAAAAGCUGAGCAAGCUUUUACAACA